AUGGCAGACAGUGGACAGUCUCAAGUUACUUAUGCCGUCCCUAUCAACCCGCCUUCCAUAACACCAGAGGAGCGCCUCGAUUACACGCGCAAGCUCCUGGAUGGCGUCCGCUUCCCCCAGCCCAUCCCCUCCGACUUUGAUCCCGUGACCGCCACACCCGAGCAGCUUGCCCAGUACGGUUUGCCCCCGCGGCCCUCCAUGGAUGAAGCCCCGCAGGACUUCGCCAGGUGGGAGAAAAUGGUCACGGAGCUAAAGGGCAUGGAGCUCGUCCGCCCUAGCUUCAAGAUCAUCCAGCGCGACGUUACCAGCCGUACAAGGGACCGGUACGAGGCGCAGAAGUGGAAGAAAACAAACUGGGCCGGUGCUGUCAUCUCCGACUUCGUCUUCAACUUGGUUGAGUCCGACUGGACGGUGCCACGGCCGGAGCCUGGCCGAGGCGACCAUAUCGCUUGGUACAGCGCGGCCUACGUCGGGAUUGACGGCUACAGGAUGGACAGCAACGACGUGCUCGCUGGGGGAACGGGCCACGACUACUACAAAGCCAAGAACGGCUUCUAUAAGACGUACGCCUGGUUUGAGUGGUACCCGGCGUACCCGGUAGAGCUGGAGGGCUUUCCUGUCAGGCCAUGCGACCGAGUCUUCUGCGAAGUGCUUGGGGACCUCCCAAGAGACGACAAAAAGGGCGCAUUCUUUAUUUAUAAUUACACGACGCGCAAGUAUACGUCGUUGAGCUUCUGUGCACCACCCGGCGUUAGUCUACGAGGCGACUCGGCCGAGUGGAUUGUCGAGGGCGAGGAACCCGAGGCGAACUUUCACGUUGUCGAGUUCGAUAGGUGCAGGGCCCAAAAGACAAACCGUCGCUGGUACAACCUCAGCUCGGCCGCAACGGUGACGUCGACCUGCCAAGACGGAACCGUCUGCACGGCUACAAUCCAGGACGACGAGACGGUGAUUGUCAGGUACGGAGGGGCCAGGGACAAGUAG